AUGGCUGGAGGACGUCUGCUGCUGGGGGGCGACUUCCUGUCGCCGCCGCCGCCGCCCCCCCUCCCGCCGCCGCCGCCGCUGCCCCCCCUCCCGCCGCCCCCGCCUGAGCCAGUGCUGGAGCAGUGGCGCUACAGCCACGAAAGUGACUGGCAGUGGGCUCUGCGGCGGAGCUUCAUCUGUCGGCACCUGCACAGCUAUCCCGGGGCUGCCCUGGACCAGCUCCUGGCGCUCUCCGCCGCCUGGACCAACCACAUUUUCCUGGGCUGCAGAUACAGCCCACGCUUAAUGGAAAAAAUUCUUCAGAUGGCCGAAGGUAUUGAUAUUGGAGAGAUGCCAUCAUAUGAUCUGAUGCUGCCCAAACCUUCCAAAGGUCAAAAACGCUACCUUUCAGCCUACGAUGGUCAAAAUCCUCCUAAAAAGCAAGCUGGUUCCAAAUUCCAUGUGAGACCUCGUUUUGAGCCUGUACAUUUUGUAGCUAGUAGUUCAAAAGCUGAAAGACAGGAAGAUCCUUAUGGCCCUCAAACAAAAGAGGUAAAUGGACGAACACAUUUUGUCAGCAUGCCAAGAAACUUCUACCAAGAUUAUACUCAAGACUCUUUCAGUAUACAAGAUGGGAAUUCUCAGUAUUGUAAUUCAUCAGGAUUUAUUUUCACAAAAGAGCAGCCUGUAACAACCAACAUGUAUUAUGACAGUAGGAAUCCUGCCCCAAGCAGCACAUCCCAACAGGCAAACUGUCAGCCACCUCCAGAGCCUUCUUCUUCACAGAUGUAUCCUGAGUCGGUGGUUGCUGAAAAACAGUAUUUUAUUGAAAAGUUAACAGCAACUAUCUGGAAGAAUCUUUCUAAUCCAGAGAUGACGUCUGGAUCUGAUAAAAUUAAUUAUACCUAUAUGCUAACUCGUUGUAUUCAGGCAUGUAAGACAAACCCUGAGUAUAUAUAUGCUCCUCUAAAAGAAAUUCCUCCUGCUGAUAUCCCCAAAAAUAAAAAACUUCUCACAGAUGGUUAUGCUUGUGAAGUUAGAUGCCAAAAUAUCUAUCUAACUACAGGUUAUGCAGGGAGCAAGAAUGGGUCUAGGGAUCGAGCUACUGAGCUAGCUGUGAAACUCUUACAGAAGCGGAUUGAGGUUAGAGUUGUCCGGCGGAAAUUCAAGCACAUAAUUGGAGAGGACCUUGUAGUGUGUCAGAUUGGCAUGCUUUCGUAUGAAUUUCCCCCAGCUCUGAAGGCACCAGAAGACCUGGUAGUACUAAGAAAGGAUGCUUCAGGGCAGCCUAUUUUUAAUAGUUCUGCCAAACACUGGACCAAUUUUGUCAUUACAGAAAAUGCAAACGAUUCAAUUGGCAUCCUUAACAAUUCUGCCUCAUUCAACAAAAUGUCAAUUGAGUACAAGUACGAGAUGAUGCCAAAUCGUACAUGGCGGUGUCGAGUAUUCUUACAAGAUCACUGCUUAGCUGAAGGUUUUGGAACCAAGAAAACAAGCAAGCAUGCAGCUGCUGAUGAGGCUUUGAAGGUUCUUCAAAAAACACAACCCACUUACCCAUCUGUCAAAAGUUCCCAGUGCAACUCGGGCUCUUCACCUAAAGGAUCUGGAAAGAAGAAAGAUAUAAAAGAUCUUGUAGUUUAUGAAAAUUCUUCCAAUCCUGUGUGCACAUUGAAUGACACAGCUCAGUUUAACCGAAUGACAGUUGAAUAUGUCUAUGAAAGGAUGACAGGACUCCGCUGGAAAUGCAAAGUGAUUCUAGAAAGUGAAGUCAUUGCAGAAGCAGUUGGGGUGAAGAAAAGUGUCAAAUAUGAAGCUGCCGGAGAAGCUGUGAAAACCCUCAAAAAGACCCAACCAACUGUCAUUAAUAACCUGAAGAAAGGGACUGUUGAAGAUGUGAUUUCAAGAAAUGAAAUUCAGGGUCGCUCAGCAGAAGAAGCUUAUAAACAGCAAAUCAAAGAAGAUAACAUAGGAAAUCAACUGCUGAGGAAGAUGGGUUGGACAGGUGGUGGUUUAGGUAAAUCUGGUGAGGGCAUACGGGAGCCUAUCUCAGUCAAAGAGCAGCAUAAAAGAGAAGGACUGGGACUAGAUGUAGAGAGGGUCAAUAAAAUUGCUAAGAGAGACAUAGAACAGAUCAUCAGAAACUACGCCCGCUCUGAGAGCCACUCAGAUUUGACCUUCUCCACAGAGCUGACCAAUGAUGAACGGAAGCAAAUACAUCAGAUUGCUCAGAAGUAUGGCCUGAAGAGUAAGUCUCAUGGGGUGGGCCAUGAUAGGUACCUGGUGGUGGGUAGAAAACGGCGGAAGGAAGACCUACUAGAUCAACUCAAACAGGAAGGCCAAGUGGGACACUAUGAGCUUGUCAUGCCCCAAGCAAAUUAAGAUUUUACAAAGUUAUCUUGUAAAUGCCACAUGAGGCACAUC